AUGAUCACUCUACUGGUCUUUCGCUCCUAUCUGAUGCAGCCUCCUGUACCUGUGGUAACUCUGGCAGACAGCUCAUAUGCUGCAUUUAUAACUGAAGACUUCGGAGGUGUUUCUCAUCAAGAGUGCUGUUGUGGAGCUGUGAAGUGGAGCAGUUGUUUGUGCUACAGGCAAAAAUUUGAAAAUGGAAGAACUGACCAAGGUUUUGUGACAGAUACUUGCUUGAGUGAAGCUGAAGGGGAGUGUGUGAGAAAUAACACCAACUUUGAGGAAAGGACUGCUCUGUCUGCCACCUCACUGGGUGAGGAUGUAACUUUGGAACUGUAUGACCAAACAGAAGGGUGGAAGAUCCCAGGAUAAUGGGUUGCACUUGCAUGAACAGCAUUAAAACAAGACUUUGUGGUGUUGAUUGGAGCUAAUAAAAUCUUGUAAACUCUG